AUGACAAUCCCCGCCGACAUCACCGCUGCAAAGGCAGCGGGGAGAAUUCCAGAUGGAAUCUCCCUCUCAUACCUGGCCGAGUCCCGCGAUCAUUCCGCUAUUGUGGGCAUCUUGUUCAUGGUCUGCUUAACUAGCAUCUUGAUGAUUCUGCGCCUUUAUGCUCGACUAUUUCUCGUCAAGAAAGUUGGUGUGGACGAUUGCUUAGCGAUUUUGACAUGGAUGAUCUACAUCAGUUUUGUGGCUCUUUCAAUUGUUCUGAUCCACUUGGGAAGUGGUCGUCACAUCGAUUACAUCCAAUACGUCCUAUCGCUAGCAACCGUUCGUGAAACCGAAGUAUUGGACUUUGUUGCACACAUUCUUUAUACAACCGCUCUAUUCCUUUGUCGACUAUCCGGUCUCGCCUUCUAUUACCGACUCACCGCACGCACCAGCAAACUGAACAAAUCCAUUCUCUUCGCUGCCCCAUUCCUUUUCGCUGCAUUCCUUCCCCAGAUCUUCCUUUUGAUCUUCCACUGUCAACCCGUCACCGGCCUAUGGCCCUAUUCUUGGCAGCCAGGCGUCGACGACUACACCUGCCUAUCCUGGGGUCUGGUCUAUUCCGUCAACUCAGGCCUCUCCCUAGCUUGCGAUGUGAUGAUGUUCGUCUUGCCCGCAAUCCUUAUCAAGCAACUUCACGUUUCCUUGAAAAACAAGAUCAAGCUUUCAAUCGUCAUGUUCCCCGGUGUCUUGUCAGUCUUUCUUCCCCAAUAUACUCCAAUCUCUUUCUGGAAUCUCAAACUAACAAUUUCCGACAGUGUGAUCAUUAUCUCCGCCAUCCGCGUCUGGCUAGUCGUCAAGGGUCAAUGGGCUACCGAUGGUAGCUGGGCAUACAACCCCAUGCUGUGUGUUGAGAACGCGGAAAUUGCUGGAACACUGGUUGCUCUUUCUGUGCCUGCCCUGAAACCCGUUUUCGGAAACAUUUUCUCCCAAUUAACCGAGUACACUGGUAGUCGUACUCGGUCUCGGUCUCGCUCUGCGGGAGACAGACUGCGAAGUCAAUCGAAACCUGCGAGUGCCUUGGGCUCGUCUGCUGUCCGCGAUGAUAAACGACUACUGAACUGGUCGAAGAUCGGUCAAGAUGAGUACGAGAUGAUGCCCUCGGAGGUUUCUGUGGUUCGAAAUCCUUCAAACGCUACAAAGAUUCCUGGCAUUCAUGUGACUAAUGAGAUUAAUAUUACUCAUGGAGAGGAGAGGAGGUCGCCGUCGCCGCAGUCUUCUAUCCGGCCUUCUUCUCACGAGACAUAG